AUGAGGGUUUUAUUUGAAGAAAAAAUUUAUAAACAAGAAGGGAAUGAUUUGUAAGAAUUUUUUAAUUCUAUUAAUUAAUUUCAAAGUACACAAAUUAAGGAAUUUAAAAAUGAUAUUAGCAAAUUAUUAUAAUAGCUAAAGGAACCAGAUAUAUUAUAAACAUGUGAUAAUAUUUUAAUACAUAAACAAUCACUUCCCUAUUAAUUUCAGGAAGUAACGGUGGAAGAAGAAUCAAAAAAAACAAAUAAGUGGUUAGAUUUUAUUUAUCAAUUUAGAAAUUAAAUAUAUUCUGUAAAGAACAUCAAUCAAACAGAAUAGUUUUUUUAGAUUUGUAGUUAGAGAAAAUAAGUUCUAAGAGUUUAGCUUGUGAUUAAUGUUUUGAUGAGUAUCCUUCAUAAAAUUAUAAAAGUGUUAAAUUUGCUCAUAAAUAAUGGGGAAUAUAAUGACAAAUUAAGGAAAAUUUUAAUCUUAAUGAAAAAAUAUAAUUAAAAAUAAAUAAAAUUACUAACAAUUAUAUUAGAAAUACCCAUGAAAAUCAAAAGUUUUAAUUUAUAAUUAAUUUAGAUAGUAUAUAAUUUUGUACAAUAAAAUUGUAAAAUUGUAUAUUAUUUGUUUUUCUGCCUCUUUCUCUACCAUAUUUAUGA